ACCUGCCACAGGCUGGGCUUUUGCUAGUUAGACAUCAUGGUUCAGGGUCCGAGUCAGGGGCUUAACGAUUUAUACGCUUUUUUCUUAUGAAAAAUUGGCACUAAUUAUAAUGUCUAGCUGCCAGAGUUGUUGCAGGCUUUACAGGAGACGCUGGAUGUGAAGAUGUUUUGUAAACUGUGAAGCGUUAUUAAAGAACACAUCUUUUCUUUGAGGAAACCACAGUGCAAAGUUCAUCGCCAGGGAAGAUAACGGGCCUCAGUGCCCUCCAAGCGUCAGCUGAGUUUCCAAGGAGCCGGGCAGCGGGCGCCCGCGGGUUUGUCUCUGGCUCCUCCCCCGCCACAGCGGCCGGGGUCCGGGUCGGAGGCAGCGGGGGCCGAGCGCCCGGCCUCGCUAGCCCACGGCCCGCUGGGGGUGCCGUCCCGCGCCGGGGCGGAGCAGGCCCCGGCCGCCCAGUUCCUGAUUCUAUCAGCGGUACCCGGGGCUCGUGGCGCCAUAGGCGCAGAGACCGUGGGCGGCAAAGGAUGGGUCCGCGCGGCGCGGCGAGCCUGCCCCGAGGCCUCGGCCCUCGGCGGCCGCUCCUCCCCGUCGUCCUCCAGCUGCUGGUGCUGCUGCUGCUGUUGGCGCCGCCGGGCUCGGGCGCAGGGGCCAGCCGGCCGCCCCACCUGGUCUUCGUGCUGGCCGACGACCUGGGCUGGAACGACGUGGGCUUCCACGGCUCCCGCAUCCGCACGCCGCACCUGGACGCGCUGGCGGCCGGCGGGGUGCUCCUGGACAACUACUACACGCAGCCGCUGUGCACGCCGUCGCGGAGCCAGCUGCUCACCGGCCGCUACCAGAUCCAUACAGGUUUACAGCACCAAAUAAUCUGGCCCUGUCAGCCCAGCUGUGUUCCUCUGGAUGAAAAACUCCUGCCACAGCUCCUUAAAGAAGCAGGUUAUACUACCCAUAUGGUUGGAAAAUGGCACCUGGGAAUGUACCGGAAAGAAUGCCUUCCAACCCGCCGAGGAUUUGAUACCUACUUUGGAUAUCUCCUGGGUAGUGAAGAUUAUUAUUCCCAUGAGCGCUGUACAUUAAUUGACGCUCUGAAUGUUACACGAUGUGCUCUUGAUUUCCGAGAUGGUGAAGAAGUUGCAACAGGAUAUAAAAAUAUGUAUUCAACAAACAUAUUCACCAAAAGGGCUACAACCCUCAUAACUAACCAUCCACCAGAGAAGCCUCUCUUUCUCUACCUUGCUCUCCAGUCUGUGCAUGAGCCCCUUCAGGUCCCUGAGGAAUACCUAAAGCCAUAUGAUUUUAUCCAAGACAAGAACAGGCAUUACUAUGCAGGAAUGGUGUCCCUUAUGGAUGAAGCAGUAGGAAAUGUCACUGCAGCCUUAAAAAGCCAUGGGCUCUGGAACAACACGGUGUUCAUCUUCUCCACAGAUAAUGGAGGGCAGACUUUGGCAGGAGGCAAUAACUGGCCCCUUCGAGGAAGGAAAUGGAGCCUGUGGGAAGGCGGCGUCCGAGGGGUGGGCUUUGUGGCAAGCCCCUUGCUGAAGCAGAAGGGCGUAAAGAACCGGGAGCUCAUCCACAUAUCGGACUGGCUGCCAACACUUGUGAAACUGGCCGGGGGACACACCAAUGGUACCAAGCCUCUGGACGGCUUCGACGUGUGGAAAACCAUCAGUGAAGGAAGCCCAUCCCCUAGAGUGGAGCUGCUGCAUAAUAUUGACCCGAACUUUGUGGACUCUUCACCGUGUCCCAGGAACAGCAUGGCUCCAGCAAAGGAUGACUCUUCUCUUCCAGAACAUUCAGCCUUUAACACAUCUGUCCAUGCUGCAAUUAGACACGGAAAUUGGAAACUCCUCACGGGCUACCCAGGCUGUGGUUACUGGUUCCCUCCACCAUCUCAAUACAAUGUCUCUGAGAUACCCUCAUCAGACCCACCAACCAAGACCCUCUGGCUCUUUGAUAUUGAUCGGGAUCCAGAAGAAAGACAUGACCUGUCCAGAGAAUAUCCUCACAUUGUCACAAAGCUUCUAUCCCGCCUACAGUUCUACCAUAAACAUUCAGUGCCUGUGUACUUCCCUGCACAAGACCCCCGAUGUGAUCCCAAGGCCACUGGGGUGUGGGGCCCUUGGAUGUAGGAUUUCAGGGAGGCUAGAAAACCUUUCGAUUGCAAGUUGGACCUCAGGCCUUUUCUCAUGGCUCUUGUCUCAUUUGUUAUCCCAACCUGGGUUCACUUGGCCCUUCUCUUGCUCUUAAACCACACCAAGGUGUCUAAUUUCAACCCCUAAUGUAUUUAAGAUGCUGAUAAAAUCUGUAACACUCCUGCUGUUGGCUGGAGCAUGUGUCUAGAGGUGGGGGUGGCUGGGUUUACCCCCUUUCCUAAGCUGUGGGACAGCUGGGAACUUAACUUGAAAUAGGAAAUUCUCACUGAGCCCUGGAGGCUAGAACAGCUGGCUCUUUUAGCCUCACAAGUCAGACCUUAGAUUCCCCUCUGCCAAUAGCCAGUUUUAUUGGAGUGAAUCACAUUUCUUACACAAAUGAAGGGAGCAGACAAUUAUUAAUGGUCUGUUGGCCAAGACUUCUCCCUGUUGAAGGAUCAUGUUCAAGCACUCCAUGUGAACCCCUCUUGGUUUACCCCUUACUCGCUUAUCUCAUCACAGAGCACAAAGCUCAUUCUGUUGUUCAGGUCAACAGCAAAAAUGCCUGCACCUUGAUUUUGGCUUUUACAAUAAAGAAAUGUGAUUUUA